AUGAAUACGAACGCAACAACCACAGUAUCCAGCUACCUGGACAAGAGAGUCAAGAGGCUAGAAUCCUCGCUAGAAGAGCUCCGAGGAGCAAGACAGUCUCUCUUCAAGGCCAAGACAGAAAACGACAACACUUCCUCCCCCCUCCCCGCGAAACAGCUCCAAGAUCGAACAGCCAUAGCUCUUAACACUAUCCGGGAGCUACUAACAAAACUACGGGUACUCAAGAGGCAAAGGAGGACUAUAGAGGCUGAUAUCGAGGAGGAUGCCGAGGCCAUCAAAAUGGAACUAGCCAUAAUUAAUGGUGAUCUCGCCCAGAACACCCCAGCUGAUAUUGACACCUACGAACUGGCGUAUGCAAAUGCCCUUAAAACCAGAAUACCGACCAUGUCCGAAACACCACCCCUUCCAACAAAACAAGAAAAGGCCAAGUUCCUCGACGACGUACUCAAAUGGUACAAUGCAGUGGAUUACAUAGACCCAAACCCCGAAUUCAGACGCGAAUACUGCCAUUUAACGGGGUGGUGGGAUACAGGCAAGGUCGUAGCGACACAGUUGGUUCCAGCCACUCUCGCGGGUGACGGGGUUCCCCUCCAUUUUGGAGUUAGUGAGAUGCCCACACUAUCAAAUGAUCCCAUGAAUGCGAUCUUGCUUCAUAAGAAUAUCGCGGGUGCUUUGGGGAAGGGUCUUAUUGCUAUUGUCCCGGUGCGUGAUGGCGAUAACAGUGGCGAUGAGGGGAUAUGGGAGUGUAUUCUCGUGGACAAGAGUAUCAGCGAGGAAGUCGCCGUGGCCAGGCUGCAUCAUACAUCCGAUAUUAAGGAGUGUAGCGUGCACUCGACUCUAUGGAAGGAUUUAAAUACACUUAAAUUCAACAACGAUAACCGGCCUGCAAGACGCUACCUAUAUUUCCGCUUCAGGAUAACCUACAUCAAGGCCAAGAUGGAGGGGUACACAGAGUUUACAUCUGCCGUUGAAGAGAAGGUUGGGUUCUGGAAAGCGCCGGGACAAUACCUGGAGCGGUCGACCUUGAAGGCGCUGGUGCGUAAUUUCUCUGGGCUGGAGUUGUCAGAGUCUGUAAAUGAGGGUCAGACUUUUGAAGACGAGACGGUCGAUGGUGCUGAGCGUGAGGAGGCUAGCGAGAUUCUUGCUGAUAAGCUGCGUGAGUUUUUUGAGAACGUUGAGGUGGAUGGGGGUGAGGAUUCUGAGGAAGAGGAUGAUGAGGAGGAGGAUUAG